AUGGACAGAUCUUCUGUUAAUCGUUCUCCAUUGAACACUAGCAAGAGCAAGUAAAUGUACACCUUCUCAAAAGCCAAACGUUGGGUGGAUGUGAAGGACAGUGUUUGUACUCCUAUAUAUUAGUUGCCAACUACUUUAAGUAAAAGAGCUGCAGGCAUUGGGUAUGGCAAGAAAAUGAAUAUCACUCAAGAUAACAAUACUCCUGCUCCUAACUUUUACACUGUUCAAAGAAGCUAAGAACAUGGAAGGACGAUGGCUUUAGGCAGAGAUCAUGCAAAUAAAUAUGAGAGCAUCUUUUUAGGACUAAUCUAAAAUACUCCAGGACCUGGAACUUACAAAUUCAGAGAUUCAAUAUCUUCUGUACGUUACAGUAUGAGAUAGAGAGUGUCAAGUCGGAAAGACAUAGAAAGAAAACCUGGACCAGGCCACUACAAUCUACCAAGCAGCAUUAAUAGCACUGGGGUUUAUGCUCUUAGUUAAUACAGAAAUUCUGGGGCUAUUGUUUUGUCACCUCCAAAAUCGCAUUCGGAAAGAAAAGCGAGAGAAACAACGCCAGGCCCUGGAGCUUAUAGAGAGAUUGGCAAUUUUGAUCCUAUGGGAACAUACUUCUGCUCUAAGUUUAGUGCAAGUAAAUGCAACAAAUUUCCAAGAGCGCAACGCACUAUGUCUGAAUAUCGGGAUCGUUCCCCAGGGCCUGGAUCAUAUAAAUUACCCUCUGAAUUUGGGUUUUGAUUAAUUUUUAUUAUACAAAUUUAAUUUAUCCCUUGUGAAUUCAGAUUCACUAUGCAUACAA